CACACACACACACAGCCUUCAGCAUUGGACACUCCCUGAUGUGAGACGUUGGGUCGGAUAGAUAAGCCAAACCGACCGAGUGUCAAACUAAACCAGCCGCAGAGUGUCAAAGUUCAGUUUAACCCAGCUCGUUUUCCGUCGUGUAUCUCCGCCUGUGGUGCCAGACGUCGUGGGUCCGUAUAGUGAACGGUAACGCAGCAGUCGUUACACAACGGAUAAAGUGAAGACACGAGACAUGUGGCAGGCGAUCGGGUUGACCGCCCUCCCUCACCUCGGGGGGCUGUACGGAGGCUAUGUGACCCGCCACCAGGUGAAGACGUGGUACCCCACUCUGGUGAAGCCCUCCUGGCGUCCGCCCAACGCCGCCUUCCCUAUAGUGUGGACCAGCCUGUACACCGGAAUGGGGUAUGCUUCCUACCUCAUAUAUAAGGAACUUGGCGGCCUGACCGAGGAUGCAAUGGUGCCUAUGGGCCUGUAUGGACUGCAGCUAGCUCUAAACUGGGCAUGGACCCCUAUAUUCUUUGGUGCACACAAAAUGAAAUUAGCGCUAUACGAGAUUAUGGUUCUCACUGGGACGGUCGGAGCGACCAUGUUGUCCUGGUACCCCAUCAGCCGGCCUGCCACUCUGCUCAUGGCUCCCUACCUGGCGUGGCUGUGUCUGGCCACCUGUCUCAACUAUCGCAUCUGGAAGGACAAUCCCGACCCUAAAGGAGAAUAGGAGGCACCAGAUAUAUUACUGGUCACGUUAGAGAUUGCAGCAUGGUCAUCCAUUUAUAGGUAGCAUUUGAUAGAUUUUCUUCCUUGUAAGCCUGAUAAUGUAAUGAUAAAACGCUACCCAGAGAUGAUUCUGUUGGACUUUCUUCAUUUUGCAUGCUGUUGCGUAGCUAAGGUUUGUCAGUAGGUUCAUAUCAACGACUCCAAGACUGCAGAUCGACUGCAUAAUUAAAUGAAGGAAUUUGCCCUCUCAUAAUUCAAAGCUUUACUGAUUAACGAAAAACAUUAUUUAUUAACUUGGCUUUCGUGGUUGUUGUUCAUUGAACCUGGUCAUUUUCUCUGGGAAAAUCCAGGGAAUUUUUUUUUACAAUUAAGAUGUUCUUAAUGAGUAUGUGCAGAGUGAAUGGAUGUGCAGAGUGAAUGGAUGUACCUAUCUGCUGUGUCCAGAGAGCCGUCUAUUAUUCAGGGUCAAACUAUUUCUCCAUUGCGGCUGUACCGCCCCCAAGUGGGCAUUCGCGGGAUUGAGGAGGCGCUGAGACGCACACCAAAAGGAUCAAAUAUUUUUUGGCCGAAAUGGCCUGCAGCAAAGGCCAGUAUGGGAUGAACAUUAAUCAAACAUUUAAAGCUUCGUAUUGGCAUUAGCAGCUUCUAAUUCGAUUAGUUCCAUAGAGGUUUUUUUUAUAUUUUAAAUCGUUCUUACAAUCGGAUUUAAGAAUACUGAAAAUAAAAAUAGGCUUAAAAACAAACAGUUGUUGAGUCGGUAGUAUUGUCUUUUUAUAAACAAGUAGUUUGACAACGAUAUCAGGUUGCAGAGAAAGCCUCCAUUUCGUAAUGUUUCUCUGCAGAAAAACUUUUCUGAGUACAUUUUAAGGUAUUUAUUUUUUAUCUACUGCAAGAGUACUCUUAACAACAUUGGUUAGGCCAUAGUCCCAGCUGUCUUCAUUGAAUAUGGGUGAGGGGCGUGGUUUUAAAAUAAAACAACUAUACUAGUAAGUGGUCUUCCAUCUUUAGGUGUACUCUGUAUUCACACAUCCAAACCUUCAAAUACUUUCACUUUAAAUAUUUUUUAUUGACUAUUUUAAGUUACACAUGAAUAAAUGA